AUGGCAACUCAAGCACAGUCUUCGUCUCAAAAUGGCAUGAUUGCCGCUGAGUCGAAGUUGGAGGCAAACGCAAAUCCAGCUGCAAAGCCUUCGUUCCCAGAAGGAGGAGUAAGAGCAUGGUCCGUCGUUUUCGGUGCAAGCAUUGCUUUGGGAUGUGCCUUUGGAUAUCUAUCUGCUUUUGGCAACUAUGAGGCAUACUACAGUGAGCACCAGUUAGCUCAGAAGACGGCCUCGGAGAUCGCAUGGAUUGGCUCAAUCCAGAUAUUUCUCCAGUACAUUACCAGUCUAAUCUCAGGAAGUCUGUUUGAUCUGCACGGGGCAAAGAUACUGUUAAUACCAGGGUCGAUCUCUUUCGUUUUCUCCAUCAUGAUGACGAGCCUGUGCCGAAAGUAUUACCAAGCCAUUCUCGCCCAAGGGAUCCUCGGCGGCUUAAGCACCGGCUUCAUCUUCACUCCCUCCCUUGCGGCCAUUGGCCACUAUUUCCAGAAGAAACGGGGACUUGCCAUGGGCAUCUGUGCUGCGGGUUCUUCCUUGGGUGGUCUCCUGUUCCCCAUCGCUUUGAAACAUGCUCUCUAUAGCCGGCGAUUAGGGUUUGGUUGGGGCGUUCGCGUGGUCGGGUUCGUGGUUUUGGGCCUUUUGGCUAUCGCCUGCACCCUAGUCAGAGAGAGGCUACCACCACGCAAGGGCCGGUUCUUCCUGCUCCGCGCGUUUCUGCAACCAUCAUACUCCUUCCUAGUGGCCGCCGUCUUCCUCAGUUUCUGGGGGAUGUGGGUGCCGUGUUUCUUCAUCGUCUCUCAACGCCGGCUCGCUGCUAGGGAGGAUCAUACCGGGAUUUUUGGCGGACGGUUCGGCCGUCUGAACAUGCUAGUCUGUGUAUACGCCGCCAACAGCAUCAUGCUUCUCGGCUGGAUCCGCAUCACCACAGCUGCCGGCCUUAUCGCCUGGGCAGCAGUGUUUGGCUUUGUCUCGGGAGCGAUCAUCUCCCUGUAUCCCGUGUCUAUAGCACAGCUGGCACCCCGACCGCAGGAGAUUGGAACGUAUAUGGGACAGGCCAGCGCGGUUGUCUCCGUUGCUGGGCUGACGGGGACGCCGAUUGCGGGGGCGCUUAUUCGAAGCUACGGGUACGAGGCAGCGGCGUUGUUUGCGGGCUUGUCGAUGGUUGUGUGUACUUGUCUGGCUGCCGUCUCUAGGGGUUUUUACGCAGGAAAGCUGCUCGCCAAGGUUUAA